CGAAAUGCAGAAACCCUUCGUCUCCUCCGCGUCGCUCUAGCCCGGCUCACCGUCCGCUCCUCGCAAACAAGGAUGGGCACCGAAACGGAGGACGAAACGGAGGCGAGGCGAGAAGCCGUCCUCCUCCAAUCGCUGGCGGAGAACAAGUUCAAGUCCUCCAACCUCAAGUCCGCCAUCAAGUACGCCCGCCGGGCCCACCGCCUCUGCCCCUCCGUCGACGGCCUCGACGGCAUGGUCGCCGCCCUCGCCGUCCUCGACGCCGCCGCCCGGUCUCCGCCCGAGUACUACAAAAUCCUCCAGGUGGAGCCCUUCGCCCACGUCAACGCCAUCAAAAAGCAGUACAAGAGGCUCGCCCUCGCCCUCCACCCCGACAAGAAUCCCGGAUCGUGGUCCGAGGAGGCGUUCAAGGUCGUGGGCGAGGCGUUCCAGUUCCUGUCCGACAGGGUCAGGAGAAAGGAGUACGAUGUCGGGUUGCGGGUCAGGAUGCAGGAGGCGGCCGUGGAGGGAAUGGGUGUGGCGGAGACGUUCUGGACCGCGUGCUCGCGGUGCCGGCUGCUGCAUAAGUUCGAGAGGAAGUACUUGGGGCAUAGCCUGGUCUGUCCUAGCUGUAGGAAGAGUUUUAAGGCCGUGGAGGUUGAGGGUGGGGAGGGAGGUGGUGAGGGGUCAAAGAGUGGAGUUGGACGUGAGGGAUCGAAGGGAAAGGCGGGCGGUGUCCGUGUGGGUGUUAAGAGGAAGGCGAGUAGUGAGGGCAGGACAAGGGAUGCCAAAUUGAAGGAGAAAGUGGGUGGUGGAGGUGUAAUUAAGGGUGGUGACCGUGGUGGCAGAAGUGGCGAGUGGGGUGGGGGAAGAAUUGGUGUAUAUGUAGGUGGUAAGAAGAAGGUGAGUGGUGAGGACAGGAUGAGAGAUGUCAAGUUGAAGAAGAAAGUUGGUGGUGGUGUUGAAAUAUCGAAUGGCGAUGGUGGUGAUGGAAGUGGCGGGUGGGGCGCAGGGAGAAUUGGUGUCUAUGUAGGUGCUAAGAAGAAGGUGAGUAGUCAGGAGAGGAUGAGAGCUGAUAGGUCGAAGGGGAAAGUGGGUGGUGGUGGUGAUAUAGAGGGUUCGGAUGUUGAUCAUGUUUGUGGAAGUGGCGGGUGGGGUGCAGGGAGAAUUGGUGUCUAUGUAGGUGCUAAGAAGAAGGGGAGUAGUGAGGACAGAAUGAGGGAUGUCAAGUUGAACAAGAAAGGGGGUGGUGGUGGUGCUGAAAUAGAGGCUUCAAAUGGCGAUCGUGAUGGCGGAAGUGGCGAGUGGGGUGGAGGUAGAUUGAGGAGGAGAGAAUCCAGGACAAGAACAAAUCUGAUUGCAGAAGUAGUGAAACCGCCAAAAAAGAAGGGAGACAGAACUGAGGAGGAAACGAUGACAUUGGCAGAAAUGCAGUUGGCAGUGAAUAGAAAGAUUGUCAAGGGAAAAAUGAAAUUAAAAGAGAAGGAGAAAGAAAAAGAGAAAGAGAAGGAGAAACAGAAGGAGCAGGUAGAGAAAGAUGAUGGAGGAAAGAAGGCAGAGGAUGAUGAUGAGGAUAGAAGAAAGGUUUCAAAGAAGGAUGAUACUUUUGAAGUUGAAUCAACUCAUGGAAUCUUAAAGAGAAGUGGAGUUUCGGCAAUUGAGAUAAGGUAUUCGAGGAGAAGUAGGACUUCGGGUAUUAAGAGGCAAAGUCAUUCAGAAAGAAGAGAUGGUUCAGAAGUUGAGAUGCAAAUAACCGUUCCGAAAAAAAGAGCAACCUUAGAGCAUGAGAAGUCAAGGGGUUCAAAGAGUAAGGAUUUGGAGGCAAGAGAUGGUUCGGAAGUUGAGAUACAAAUAACCGUUCCGAAAAGGAGAGCAAACUUAGAGCAUGAGAAAUCAAGGGGUUCAAAGAGUAGGGAUUUGGAGGCAAGAGAUGGCUUAGAGGUUGAGAUGCAAAUAACUCUUCCGAAAAAGAGAGCAAACUUAGAGCAUGUGAAAUCAAGGAGAUCAAAGAGUAGGGAUUUUGGGGCUAUGACGGUCGUGGAUUCAGACUUCUAUGAUUUCGAUAAGGACAGAGUAGAAAGGUGCUUUAAGAAAGGGCAAGUGUGGGCUGUCUACGACGACAUCGACGGACAGCCAAGGCAUUAUGGUUUGGUAAAUGAAGUUAUAUGCAUUAAUCCGUUUGAGGUUAGACUUAGUUGGCUAGAUGUACACUAUAGCAUGGUCCAGGAUCUAGUUGGACAGGAGCAAUUGGGUUUUCAUCUAUCCUGUGGGAGAUUUAAGGUUGCUCAAGAAACGAUUGUGAAGACUCUGAAUAUAUUCUCACAUGUGGUUGAUUGCGAAAGGGCUGCCCGGGAAAUCUACAGGAUUUACCCAAAGAAAGGUUCAGUGUGGGCAGUCUUCAAGGAGGGGGUUUUGGAUGCCGAAAGGAGAAAUCUUUCAAACCGGGACGAAUGCUGCUACGAUAUUGUAAUCUGUUUAACUACCUAUAGCGAAGUGCACGGUUUGAGCAUGGCAUACCUUGAGAAGGUGGAUGGAUUUAAGACCGUAUUCCAGAGACGAGAGAUUGGACUGCAUGCUAUCAGGUGGCUUGAAAAGGAUGGAGUCGAUCAGUUUUCACAUCAGAUUCCUGCCCGGAGGCUUUCUGGGAGUGACAUGCCAGAUGCUUUGAAAGAGUGUUGGGAGCUCGACCCCGCUUCCCUUCCUUCACAUUUUCUGACCACGCAGUCACGGAGGCUGCAAAUAAUGCCAUGUGCUUCUUGAUAUCUAUCUCUACUUUCACUGAUGUGGAUCUUUUAGAUAUAUAUUGUGAUGACAUCUUGUUAUAAGGAACAUUGUCUGCCUUGUGAUGCACAGUCAAAUAGUACAAUUAGAAAAUCUGUAAAUCAUUCAGAGACUGUUUAUUCUGUUUACAUGAACAUGUUUUAGAGUUC